CCGAGAUACCUGUAGCGACUCGAUAAGUACUCCGAACGAUAAUUGGCGUCGUGCAUACAACGUACAUACAUUUCUUACGAUAGUUUAUCGCUGUCGUGUCGUCGUUGUAAGAUACCGAAAUAAUAUCGUAAUAGGAUAGUUGCCAUGUCGUUCAUUACGCACUACGUUGUGCUAAUAUCGUUGGCGUUCGUGGUGGUCACGUGUGAGUUGCAAUAUCCGAACGAAACGCUCCAGUACCUGGCCAAAGUAGAAAAGGCCACGAAAUCGCACCAUGACAGUGUUAAGUUUUUACAGGCGAUGAUGGAGGUAGACUACCUUUGGUGGCCGAUACUCAACGAGAAGGUGCGUGUUAAACGGCCAACGGUGAAGUACUUCAACCCGUAUGCAAAAAACGCACCCGAUGGAAACAUGGAGGAUGUAGAGGUGUUGGCGUUGGAAAACAUUACGACUCUGUUGCAGUCCAAUGUUUUCAUCGGAACGGACGUACGGUUUACGAUUGACGUAAUAAAGACCGCAAUAGCGUGUUCAGCACUUAAGCACAUUUCGUUGGAGGGACUUAUGCUCCACCAACUAAUGGAAAAAUAUAGCCAAACAAUACCGCUCGAGGAGAAGAUUUUAUUUUUUAAGUGGCUGGUGGACAUGAUCCAUGUGGCCAUCGACAAGUUGACGGCGCUGGACUAUUCGCUGGUAAUAAUCAACCAAAUGCGCCAGCACCUCGUUGAUCUUUAUAUUUUGCUAUUACAGAAGAAGACAGAUAAUCUGAAUACUAAAGUCCUUAAAGAAAUUGGCUUGGAAAUGUUUACAGAAAUCGAUAAUAUAUGUGUCAAACCCAUAGAAGGAGAAGGUCAUUACAGCGCGUUGAUCACUGAUUUAAAUAGAAUCAAAAGGAUUGAAGAUCUGAAGGCCCACCGCUCACUAAUCACUGAGACCAUGAGAGACUCUACCGAUAUGAUUGACCUUGAUAUAAUAAACAAAAUUAAAGGAACUAUAAAUAUCGAUAAGCAAAUAGAUGCAAAUGGUAUCGAUGCACUGGACAAUGAAGUUUUGAAAAGAGCCUAUGCCGCAAAUUAUGUACAAAUGAACUUUUUGUUUUCGAACUUACCCGUACACACGUUGACCGAAUCGCAGUGGGCUAAGCUAUUCCAACUUGAAAAAUACACACAACUGCAUGUAAAACCUGAUUCUCCUAAGACCCCACAGUCCUCAUAAAAUGGGACAAUUAUCAUUACAACUAUAUUUUCUUUUUAAUAUUUUAUAUUGUAUAAUAUUAUUUACUAUUGUUUUUAAGAUUUUGUAGUUUAAAUUACUUGACAGUUAUUUAUAAACACUUA